GCAGCACCGUGCUCCGUUCACGGAAUCACGGUUCACCGCGUUGCCUUCUCUUCUCCGGUUCCACCCCCCGCGCGCGUGCUCGCUCUCGUGGCGCAAACUCGGUGACCGCCGCCGCCGCCGUUCUACGUCAGGUGCCCAGGUCUAGCCUUGCCGGUCCCUUCGCCGGCGACGACCACCCAACCGGUUGUGAGAUCAGAAGCCAGAAGUUCAGCUAGGAGUGCAUCUUGUUUACCUUUUGCUUAAUCAUGGACAACACUCAGAAUCAACCACUACCACCUGGUGUUGGUACAUGGCCGCAGGCUCCUCCCAGUCACCCACCACAAUGCGAUGCUGAUCCGCAGUCUUAUCAUCCACAAUUUGACACUAGACCUGACAAUGCUAGUGCCAAUAGUAGUGGUAGUGCAGCAAACAUUGAGUCAGCUGUCCAGGAGGCUGUUCUUCACGCACAGGACAUUGAGACCCAGCAAGUCAUACAGAAUCAAAGACAUGCAAACACAACAAGUGAACCUACAACAUAUGGAGAAGACUUACUAUCGAACCGCCGUGACCCUAGUGCGUUGAAGGAGCACUUACUAAAGAUGACAGCUGAUCAUCGUGCAGAGAUGGCAAGCAAAAGGGGGAAGCCACUUCAUCCAAACAAUGGCAAUUAUGAAAUUGGCAAUGGCUAUGGUGUACCAGGAGGUGGUGCUUAUUAUGCUGCAAACUUGCCAAGUGCUCAAAUGAAUAAACCUAGAGAUGAAACUGAUAAAGCAAAAUGUGCAAACGAUCUCCCUGAUUUUUUGAAGCAGAGGUUAAGGGCAAGGGGAAUUCUCAAAGAUGAGACAGCAAAUAAGAACAACAUGAGUACACAGACCGUGGAUUCUCAACAAAGCCAGAACAAAUCUGCGCAAGAGUUGCCUCAUGGUUGGGUUGAAGCAAAGGACCUGACAACUGGUGCACCUUACUUCUACAAUCAAAGCACCGGAGUUAGUCAAUGGGAUCGCCCUGGCAGUGUUGUGAAUACCAUGCAACAUCAAGUUUCUCCAUCCUUGCCAGAGAACUGGGAGGAGGCAAUUGACAAAUCAACAGGCCACAAAUACUAUUAUAAUACGAAGACACAGACCACACAGUGGGAACCUCCUUCUGUGAGCACCAGUGUUACACCUCCAGCUUCCACCAACACUGCAAUUGAGCCAGUCGCUCAAACUGCAGAUAUUUGGAACUCUCAAAUGCAGAGAUGUCUGGGCUGUGGCGGAUGGGGGAUUGGUCUUGUCCAGCCUUGGGGAUACUGCAAUCACUGCACAAGGGUUCAAAAUCUUCCUUUUCAACAGUAUCCAUCUUACACAAGUAAUACGAUGCACGCCAGUGGUAACAAUGCUCCCAAAACUCAGGGGAAUGUUUCAGCUAAGGACAGAUCAAGCUCAAAACCGCCCUUAGGGAAACCAAACAGAAAAGAUCACCGCAAAAGGAACCGCCCCGAGGACGAUGAGCUUGACCCAAUGGACCCAAGUUCUUACUCAGACGCUCCACGCGGUGGCUGGGUUGUUGGUUUGAAGGGUGUUCAACCACGAGCAGCAGAUACUACCGCAGCUGGACCUUUGUUCCAGCAAAGACCAUAUCCCUCACCAGGUGCUGUGUUGAGAAAAAAUGCAGAGGUAGCAACCCAUGGCAAGAAACGUGGUAUGGCUCCGAUAACAAAAAGAGGAGAUGGCAGCGAUGGACUUGGGGAGGCAGAUUAGUCUUUUGCUGAACUGAAAUGUUGUGCGAUCAGAAUAUCCUCGGUGGUUUUGUCUCAGGAGCUGCUCAGCCAUCGUUGCACGCCUGAAGAAAAUCAGAUAGUCUACGACUGCCAGUUUUGAAACGAGGAAACUCACUUCAGUUCACAGAAACUCACUACAGUUCACAAGGUUCUGCAGCUAGAUUAAUAGCUAUAAUGUACUUGCUGGGCCUAGAGGAGCGAUGUGAGCUCACCGCGGUUUGAUGAUGACAUUCACUGAGCUUACCGUGAUUUGCUAAUGACAUUCACUGUGCCCUUGGUGUAAAUUUUAUAUUCGCCUGUAAUUAAUUGGAAAGAAAGUGAUUUCUACGUGAGGAAUUACUUUUGUGGAGUGAUGAAUCAUUCUGUCCAUG